UAGCUGCUGUUUGUGACAUUACAGAUUGGUGUUUUUUAUUCAGGUCAUCCCCGCAGCACCGCGAGACACCCGCCAACGAGCACUGCUCCCAAUGUUUACUUCCUCGGCAUGUCUUCUCCAGCCACGGAAAAGUAAUGUUUUGGUUGAUUGAGGAUAAUUUUAUGAUAAGUAAAUUGAAAAGCCGCCAUGUUAGUACGGAGUAUAUUCAAGUAGCUGUGCGGUUAAUGCGCUAGCUAACCGCAUUUUGAACAGCUUCCUCUCUCGGGCAGCGAGCUGUUGUCCACAAUUGCAGAUCCUCUCCGGGCUCCAUGAUGGCGAUGUUUCGGAGCUUUGUCUCGGCGAGCACCCAGCUCCGCCAGCAGCAGCAGCAGCCCAACAGCGGCUCAGGCUCGCUGGCAGCCCCGGCUGAAGGCAUUGAGAGCCAGUUCUCCUGUCCCAUCUGCCUGGAGGUCUACCAUAAACCCGUCAGCAUCGCCAGCUGCACUCACACGUUCUGUGGGGAGUGUCUUCAGCCGUGUCUCCAGGUGACUUCACCCCUCUGCCCUCUCUGCCGCGUGCCCUUUGACCCCAAGAAAGUGGAGCGCUCCUCCAGUGUGGAGAAGCAGCUGGCGUCAUUCAAAGCACCCUGCAGGGGCUGCAGCAAGAAGGUGGCUCUGGUAAAGAUGAGGUCCCACAUUGCUUCCUGUUCUAAAGUACAGGAGCAGAUAGCCAACUGUCCCAAGUUUGUCCCAGUGGUACCGACCUCCCAACCUAUACCAAGUAAUAUUCCGAACCGGUCAACGUUUGUGUGUCCGUUCUGUGGAGCCAGAAACCUGGACCAGCAGGAACUGGUGAAGCACUGUAUGGACAACCACCGUAAUGACCCCAAUAAAGUGGACUACAGCAUCGAUGAAGAGGCAGCACUGCAGGCAGCUCUGGCACUGUCACUGGCUGAAAACUGACAAUAGUUACACCCCCAACCAUCCUGUCACCGCCAGCACCAACUCCACCACCACUGUGCUGCUGCUCCUCCACUGCUCAAAAGGUAUCAUCCUGACCCAGCCACAUUCACAUUCUCUCACUUCCUUUUCACGUCAAGCCAAGGAGGAUUUUCCUGCAGCCAGGAUGGAUGGAUGUAUCUUGUCUGCUUCAUUUUGAUUUGAUGGUUUGAAGACACUGUGGGUUUAAAAUGGAUCCAGUGACUGUAUCAAGAUAAGCUAUGUCAAAAACCCAUUACACAUUGACUUUAAAAAUCCAAACCUACAGCUUGGAAACCACUCACAGCUUCAGUUUCAGCUGCCACCUGGACCAGCACAGCAUGAAGGGCUACCUCCACGGAAAAAUGUCUCCUCUGUGAGUUGGAUGCCUGCUGACUCUGAAACAGUGGUUCACGUCUCUGAGCACCUUUGUGAUGAGUUAAUAUCCAGAAGCUAGCCCACAAGAGCUAAUUAGGAAGCAUUUUGCAAAGGUAAACAUAAGAAUAUAAAAAAACAAACAAUGAAUCAGUGGCUCCUAUAUUCAUGUGGUAUUUUGCAAGACAAAGGCAAAACAAAAUACCAAUAGCUGGCAGCAAUAGCAGGCUAGAUGACUAUAUACACAACAGAAAGUUUGUCAUGGUGCUCAGCUCUGUAGGAAAUUACUUUGUUGACUGAGCGGCCGGUAGCAUGGUUGCGUCUGUAAUAUUACAGUCCAUGACAUCUUUCUGAUGGUCAUGUUUAGGGCUGUGUGAUAUGACCAAAAUUUCAUAUCCCAUAAUAUAGGUUAUUUCAUAUCCAGAUAAUGAUGCAUAUCAGCACAUUUGCUUUAAAUUAGAUGAACAGUUUAUAUAAACUGGUCACAUAGAAAGGCCCCACAUUUUGAAUCAUAUAUUUUUCUCCUUUUAUUUAGAACCUUUGUGCAAAUUUUCUCUUUCUCCGUUCUGAUUGACAUGAUUUGUGGGAUGAUGUGUCGGUGGUAAAAGAGUUUAGUGGUGUUUGAGUCUGUUAUGGUGACCAGUCUGUGGCAUAAUUUGCAAAGUGUGGUUUUCUGGUUCGUGUCAGAGUUUUCGUACCCAAACCAUGCCCGCGUGACAAACGUAGAUCCCAACUGAUAUACAAUUUUAGGGCCCAGUACCAAUUUUAGAGAGGGAAAAGUCACUGAUUAUUACCUAAAUGGCAGCCAGUAUAGUGAAGUUUCAAGCUGGAAUGAGAAUAGCACUUUUUUACUCUGCAAAAGGACUCGUAUUAUAUUCUUACUCUGUGCUGCUUACCCCAUUGUAAAUCACAGCGCACUCUGCUGGACGAACUUUGUAGUGACGGCAAUAUAUUACCACAAGCAUUUAUUUUUGCACUAAAUACUGGAAAAUCAGUUUUCAUAUCGGAGCAUAUUGCAUAACAUCUGCCGGUACUGAUACGAUGCCAAUAUGUCUGCGAUAUCAGCCAAUAAUACCAGGCUGACCCAUAUAUGGGUCGACUGAUAGGACGACCCGACACACUGUAUAUCUUCAUAUCGCGCAGCCCUAGUCACGGUCUGUAGUUCAGAUGGCGCCAGAACAUCAUUCAUUAAGAGGUUGAAAUUCCAAAAUAAGUGUGUAAGCUCCUUCCAUUAUCUGGCCUUACAGUUCCACUUCGGUAACCCGGUGGUCCACACUGCUACACUCAGUUUGUAUUGUAUUGUAUUCUGCCUGCACUGUUGAAGUUAGUCAGACAGAUGGCAGACAUUCUCCGUUAUUUACACACUGGACUCCGGAGAGGACAUGUAGACUGACAGUUGUCCCUGUAAUAUUAUAUUAUAUUGAGAAAAAUAUCAUAAACAGUACAUACAGUGUUGAGUAGCGGCAACAGAACAUAUAAGACUGUAUGAUAAACUGAGGUUUAAAUACAAUACUGGCAGUAUUUUAAACUAUUAUAAUAAACACAGCAAUAUUAAUCUAAAGUAAGAUCACUGUUAAGAUACUAAACCUUACCACAUAAGUAUGAAUAGGAAUAUAGUAUUAUUCAGGGCUUAGAAUUCCUGUGAGCUGGAGAUUUUAUAUUUGUAUUAAUUAAAUUUUAUUGUUACUUUCUAUGCACACAAAAAUGGAAUUUGUUAAAUAAACCACUGAAGAAGCAAAAUA